AGUCGGGGACCAGGCAACCCCGUAGCAUAGUAAGCUCCUGUAAUAGACUCUCUAGGAGAGUGAGGCAUAGAGUUUUUAGCAGUAAUAGGAGUUGUCGCUCCAUCGAGGAUUGGUAGAAGGAAGUAGCUUCCUACAAGGCUUCCCUUGUUGUUGCCUUUAGUGCAGGGAACUGAGUGAUAGGGAAUGUAGGCUAGCAGAGGACUGCCUGUACCCUACCUGAUUGAUCCCGAUGCCCACACUGGCAACAUCUGACUUGUAAGAAUUGAUGUACACCUGUCUGCUGAUAUCUUAAGGAGUUACGUCUGCCUGACUGUGAUCAUUACUCUGUCCACUGUGAUUCCAUCUGCUGUAUCCUACAAGUACUUGUGAGUAAACCUGGGGAUAUUUGCUUUGCAUAAUAACCCUGUUCACUUAUUUCACCAUCCAAGAACCUCCUGGCGUCCAAUCUAUCUACCUACACAAUACUCAUGAUUUACAGGAAUAUCUAAACGCUGUCAACAAUGACCCUUAAAAUGAUCUUUCUACCAAAUUCUGACUUUUCAUAACGGAGGGCCACUCUACUUAAUUUAACUGAAGCAGGGAAAUAGAAUAGUAUUCAACUAUUUUGUGACUGUAAGGAAAGAGUUCAUUCCUUCGGGGCUAACUCUAAAUCAGCAGGAGGACCUGCCCUAGUUUCAAAUAUCACAAGGUUUCACCAAACACAAAAGUGAAACAGGACUUACUGCAUAUUUUAAACAGACUCGAUGAAACAGGAAAACACCAGCCAUCAGAGAGACAGAAGGGUGAGUGAAACGGCGCUAGUUGAAGAACCGUAUGAUUUUGCCAUACUGCUCCGUGUACAAACCUGCAGAUGACACUCAGGAGUUCAGGUUUCCAGCACAAUUGCAGCCAAGCAAGGAGUUGAGCCCACCCCAACUGUGCAUCAAGCAUCACAAUUAACACAAUUUGGGUGUUGACAAAUCAGGAACACAUUGUGGCUAACUAUCCCAGACAGGAGUUUGCUUCAAUUCUGCUGUGUGGUUUUAAAGUACAGGUAUAAGUUCUUGAAAUGAGCAGCACAAGGCAUUGAUGAAAGAUGAACCAGACAGAGUGGGGAAAGGAGACUGAAAGCAGAAUAUGGAACAACAUGGUGGAAACAUUCGAGAACCUUGACAGCAGGAGCUUUAAAAAAUUAAAGCACAAACUCAUAUACAAGGCGCCUGCAGGAAUGAAACCCAUCACAUGGAGACAAGUAGAAGAAGCCAGAGAACAUGAGUUGGUCAAUAUCAUCAUCAGACACUACACAAUAAAACAUGGUCCACAAAUGACUGUAGAGAUACUGGAAGAGAUCAAUGAGAGACAGGCCAGUGAGGAACUACAAGCUGCACUAAUGACAAUGGCUGAUAAGAAUGACACAACAGCUCAAACAGAUCCAGCUAAUAAGAAAGACGGGACAACUCAGACAGAUACAGUGAAGGGUGAAGGUGAUUAUGCUGAAGAGAGAACUUUACUGAGAAAUCCAGAUCCAGGAAUAAUAAACACCGUGAACAAAAUAGUAGAAUUCUUUAAAGAGUCUAAGCUCUGCCUGAGGGACAUCCUGGACAUUGGGCAGGAGAAUAUAAAUGAAGUUGCCCCCCAGACUGUACAAGAUCUUCCCUGGGCUCUCCUAAGGAAACUGAUGGCUCUGGACAGGACUGCAAGAACAAUUCAACUUGAGGAUGUUUCUGCAAGUUCAGGGUCAGAUGCUGAUAGCACAGAAGAGGAACUAUCUCAAUAUUUGGAUUUUUAUAGCAAAGAGAAUACCUCUAAAUCCAUCAAUCCAUUAGAUAUUUUGUGUGUUCUCUUGCAUUGCUCAGAUAUGUUUUUACAGCAAAACAUCUUUUCAAAAAUGUCCAUGUGUCAAUUUGCUGUCCCACUGCUUCUCCCUGCUGGUGAUGGUCCAGAAUGUACGUUCAUGCUCUGGGCUAUGAGAGACAUUACCAAGAGAUGGAGACCCCACACUCAGGCAGAGAAUAAAGGAUUUAUAGAAGAAAACCUAGUUCAAGUAGAAAUGCCAUUGCUCUCCUUUGUGAGACUGGGGCAAAGCAAAUUAUCUAAGUCUAAAAUCCUUAAUCAAGUGCUCAGUCCAGCCCAGCAGUACCAGGACUUCUUUAUUCAUGACAAUAUGUUGGGUGGAAACAUUAGUAGAGAAAUCUCUAAUGGUCUAGUGGAAAUCUCCUGGUAUUUACCUGUUGGAAGAGAUAUUUCUGUUACUUUCCCAGAACCUGUUGCUGUUACUAAUUUACGUGGAGACAUAGAGUCUAACUGGACCCAAUUCAGCUUCCUAACCCAGGUCUCAUCAGCAGUGUUUGUAUUUGCUGAGAGUAUUAGUGAGCUAUUAGCCAAGUGUAGUAAAUCCAACACCGUCUUCUAUUUCAUCAUUACUCCAAGUGGCAAAGGUGUCAGUAAAGAAACAUCAGAAUCAUUCAAAAAGUUAUUCUAUGUUCUCAAUGCUAACAAAUCACAUAUAAUUGUAAAAGAGAAGAGAGCAAAUGAUGCAGAACUACUGAAAAAUCUACAAACCAUUAUAAAACAUUUUUUGAAAGAAUCCAAUAAGAAAAUAAAACUGGAAGAUUUAGCAAAAACAGCCACUAAACUUGGCAUCAAGGUAGAUGAAAAUUCCCAGGAAUGUCAGAAAGCAAAAGAAUGUGCCACAGACAUAACUAAAGAGAUACAAGAUGUUGCACAAUAUAAGAAAGAGACAAUGAAACUACAAGGGGAUCUGUGGAAGCAAGUGACCAAGACAGAGAAGGAAUUACACAGAAUGAGAAACCAAGGGGAUAGAAAUACAGAACAAUACCGAUCUCAUCUGAGAGAGGAACUUAACAAGUUACACAUGAUGCAGAACCAACAUGAUCUACCUGAUUCUAUGAGUAAGUUUAUUUCUUCCAUCACAUGUUUGUCAAAGGCAGAGAAACAUUAUUUCCUGAAAUGGAUGAAAUUUGACCUUGACACAUUGACUAGAAAUCAUCUCUCCAUGUUGAAAGCAAAAUACAAGGAAAUGUAUAACAAUAAAGACAGUAAUCAAAAGAAGUUGAAACAGUUAGACCAGCAGAUAUCUGAUAGUUCUUUGGGAGUUGAACAUUUUCUGCGUGAAAUGGGGCAGUUUUAUGAGGCAGAAUGUUCAAUGGUGAGUCAAGGCAAACUCAAACCAGAUAAGACAAAAUUCUGUAAUCUCCCAGGAGUUGCUGCAGAUCUGCUACUGGAUGGGUUCCCAUUGGAACUGAUAGAUGGUGAUGCCUCCAACAUCCCCCUGCAGUGGGUCACUGAUCUUUUGCAUGAGCUGAAUAAGAAGACAGGAGGAAAGUGCAGAAUGAGAGUAAUUUCUGUGCUGGGAGUGCAGAGCACAGGGAAGUCCACCCUCCUGAACACCAUGUUUGGCUUGCAGCUUCCAGUGGCCAGUGGACGAUGCAUACGAGGAGCCUUCAUGACAUUGAUUAAAGUGAAAGAGGACCUGAAACAGAACCUGGGCUGUGACUUUAUUAUAGUGACUGACACACAAGGUUUCAAGGCUCCAGAACUGGCUUCUCUGGAGGACAGCUAUGAACAUGACAAUGAGUUGGCAACUCUAGUGGUUGGUCUCAGUGAUAUCACUAUAAUCAAUAUGACCAUGGAUAAUACAACAGAGAUGAAAGAUACACUGCAGACUGUGGUUCAUGCAUGUCUUAGAAUGAAUAACAUAAUGAAGAAACUCAACUGCCAAUUUGUACAUCAGAAUGUGAGUGAUGUUGUAGCUCAUGAAUUGAACACGAGAAGUGUUAACAAAUUCUUGGAGCAGCUGGAUGAGAUGACAAGAGCAGCUGCUAACAUGGAAUGUAAGAAUGGGAUCACAAAGUUUAGUGAUAUCAUGUACUAUAACCUUGAGAGAGACAAUUGGUACAUUCCUGGGCUUUGGUACGGUGUCCCACCCAUGGCUUCCGUAAACUCAGGCUACAGUGAAAAUGUGUAUGAACUAAAAAAAUAUUUAUUCAAAUUUAUGGAGAAAAGAGAAAGUCUUCCAGAAUCACAGCAUAUUAUUCAAUUUAUCGAAUGGAUGAAAAGCUUGUGGAACUCUGUGAAACAUGAGAAUUUUAUUAUCAGUUUCAGAAACAGCCGGGAAGCUGAAGACUAUGAUCAGUUAACAAUGAAAUACUCCCAAUGGGAAUGGAAAUUCCGCAAACAGGUUCAUACCUGGCUAAUUAGCACCAAGAACACAAUCAAAAAUCAGUCAGCAGACGAACUUCAGUCAAAAAUCAGAUGCACAGAUUUGAAGCAAAGUUUGAUUUGUUUACUUGGCAAACAGGAGAAAAUGAUGCUAGAUUCAUUAAAACAAUACCUUGAAAGUACAUUUGAUAAUGUUCAUCUGAUUGAAAAGUACAGAGCAGAUUUCUCCAGAAGGGUGCAAUUCCUCCAGAGCAAACUGCAAAGCUCUGCAACAGCAAAGAUUGAUGAGAUUAUUAUACUCCAAAAAGGUAUAGAUCAAAUUAUGUACACAGUGAAUGGUUGUCAAAGAACAAUUCAGAUAAAAGUCUCAUUUCUCCUAGAACAGGUCAGAGAAAGGAAAAGUCACUAUGGGGAUGUGGAAAUAGAAAAGGAAUUUGAGAAUAUGUGGGCAAGUUCAAUAGCUGAGCUACCAAAGAAUCUUUUAGAGAAACGCAGCGUCACUAAAGAAAUGCUACUGGAGCUGAAGCGUGACUUGGUCGUCAAAGAGAACUCUUUACAGGCGAAAUAUCUCUGUAUAGAACAAUUAGAUGGGUUUGGCAAAAGUGAAUUCCAGAUUAAACGUCAGCAUGUUGGAGGGAGUUUUCUAGCACGUUUUAUAGAAAUGAAUUCCAAAGAAAUCAAUUUUAAAACAGAAAAUCUAGCUUAUUAUUUAAUAAUAAAAUGUUUAAAAUAUGUAACAAAGAAGGUUAAUACAGGAGGAGACUAUGAUCAGACUUAUUGCCAAGAAUUGCUCAAUAUGAUCAAUGAAAGGCUCAGCGAGGAAGAUGUAAAAAAACUGCAUAUUACCCAUCAGUUUGAGUUGGAUUUAAAACUUCAUAUUUUUGGGAAUGCAGCUUCAAGCUUCCAAAUGAUGCACGAGAGAUUUAUCCAAGAAAAUGAUCCGCUGAGCUAUCUGGAAAAACUAAAAUCUCAUUAUUGGGAAAUAGUUCACAAUAUAUAUGAGGGAAAGGAUGAAACACAAAGUAGAGCCAAACAGUUCUGUGAGCUCUGCCUGAAGCCGGCAAUAACCCACCGGAUUUAUGAGCAUCUGGGGAAGGAUAUUGUAGAUAAUAUUGUGUACAAACAAAAUUCCAAAGAAUUGAGCAGCCGCCGUCUCUUUCAGUCACAUGUCUUGAGAGAUCAGAACUUUUCUCAGUAUGUCACCUACAUUAAUUCUUACGAGUGGUUUGUGAAACAAUACAUAUUAAAAACGUAUGCAAAAGGACUAAGCGAGUUGCAAACAAAAAUUCUUUCUGAUAUCUGUAAAAAAAUUAGGACAAUUUUUGAAAAGCUUGAAGACAUUCCCACUCUCUCAGACUUUUUGAAAACCUUUUGUGAGACAAUGAAGAGUGAAUUAGUCAUUUCUCAGAUGGAGUUGCAGUUGGUCAGUUUCCAGAACAAAACAGAUGUCAGACAGUUCACAAAGGAGAUGGGUUUUUUUCUCAAAGAAACAGAGGAACAGAUCAGAUCAGAGAUUGAAUCUUCUACAACAGAAUCAGUACUUGCCAAACUCACUCUGAAGCCUGAGGACGAGCUGUUUGAUAGACUGUUUGGCUGCGGGAAGCAGUGUCCCCUCUGUGGAGUCCCCUGUGAGGCUGGAGGUACUGACCAUAAUGAGCACUUUGCAUCUGUCCAUCGACCUCAAGGUUUAUACCGAAAUGAGAAGUGGGACAAACUGCGUAUUCAUAUAUGUUUGUUUGAUGCUUUCCAUUGCAAUAGCUUUAUGCUUGAUCCCAAAAUCCGGACCUCAAACUACUGGAAAUAUAUUUUUGUGAAGUAUCAUAAUGACUUUGCAAUGGAAUAUAAUGCUGAGCCUGCUGAUAUACCUGAUGACUGGUACAGAAUAACAAUGGAAAAUGCACUUGAUAGUUUAAAGAAAACAUAUGUCACUUAAAAUAUAACAAAGAACCAUGUUGUAACAUAAUGGCCACUGAUCCAGUUUUAUUAUACAAACUAUGAGCUCUGUAAAGUGCCAGUAAAUGGUUAUUUCUUAUUAUUUACACCAAUGUAUUCCACAGAGUUGUACAAUAUAUGGUUUUAUACAUUAAAAAUACAAGAAAACACAUACAAAAACAACAGUCAAUAAAAGAAGUAAUGGGGGAUUUGCCCAAAA